CUUUUUGAUUUUAUCAAAACUAACUGUAGUUGAAACUGCGAAACACUACCCAACAGAUUCAACAAACAACGUGAAACACAUGGAAAUUCCAUAAACAGUGUUUAUUUGGCAAUUUGUGUAUUAAUCAGUAAAAUUUCUUACACCUUCCAAGAUGAUGAAUGCAUUUGUUGAAAAUGUUAGAAGAAAAAUAAAAACUCCAAACAAAAAAUCAGAAGAUAAACCCAAAAAAUCGAAAAAACCUAAAAAGAAAACUGUACAGGAAGACUCAGGUCCUGGAGUGAUAUAUGUUGGGCACAUACCUCAUGGCUUUUAUGAAACAGAAAUGAAAGCAUAUUUCUCACAAUUUGGUAAAAUACUUCGCAUACGUGUUGCCAGAAGUCGAAAAACUGGAAGGCCUAAAGGUUUUGCCUUCAUUGAAUUCAAAUCUGAAGAAAUUGCUAAAAUUGCUGCUGAAGCUAUGAACAAUUAUUUGUUCUUUGAAAAACUCCUGAAAUGUGAAUUCAUUCCAGCUGAUAAAGUAAAUCCAAAUGUGUUCAAAGGCUGGAAAGGGCCUUUACUCUCAUCUGACCGUAAUCGUAGAGUUCAUAAUCGCCCUAAAACUAGUGAAGAAAAGACCAAAAGCAAAGACCGCCGUAUGAAGAGAUUGAAAAAGCUGCAGUCCUUUUUGGAUAAAAAAGAAAUUGAUUUUAAAGUUGAAUCUGUUCUUCCCGAAGAAAAAUAAUUAAUAAAAAAAUGUUAUUUGA